AAUCCAAAACUCCAAAACAGACCAGAAAAACCAUUUUGGAAAGCAUCAAAAAGCUGAGUCAGUGAUGGUGCUAAAUGAUGCCUCUUGUAAAUUGUAAACAAACAAGGUAAAAAAUCAGGUGUAGUUGGGGUGGCAUGGUUCAAAGAGAUUGCCGGAAUUCCAGAAAACGCUGUGGAUAUUUGAUUUGAGAUUGAUGAGUAGGAAUGGCCGUUCUUCUUUCGGCAAAUGCAUGUUCUCUUUCGAUGUGCAAAACGACGAGGAAAACUCUCAUGUCCAAGAACGAGCUUCUUUUGCAACCUAACAGAUAAAACUCAAAAGAUAUGUCAUGUUGUACUACAAUCUCAAGAAGCUUCAUCAAGCCGGAGGGAUACUUUAGUGCGUGGCGCUGCUUCGAUCCUGACCAUUAUAACCUUCGACUAUGGUUUAACGCCAUCCCCGGCUUGGGCUGAAGACAAGUCAAGUGGCGGAGAAAAGGAAGAGGAUGCAGGAGUUGUAGGGGCCAUCAAAUCGCUGUUUGACCCGAAUGAAGAAACCAAGUCUGGGAAAGUCUUACCGAAGGCUUACUUGAAGUCCGCAAGAGACAUGGUGAAGAAUCUCCGCGAGUCGUUGAAGGAAGACCCCAAGGAUAUUGCUAAGUUUAGACGAACUGCGGAUGCAGCAAAGGAAUCAAUUCGAGAAUACUUGAGCAAUUGGAGGGGGAAACAAACUGUCGCAAAAGAGGAAUCUUAUGCUGUUCUUGAGAAAGCAAUCAGAUCGUUAGCUAGCUUUUACUCUAAGGCAGGCCCGUCGGCUGUCCUGCCGGAGGAAGUCAAGUCGGAAAUAUUGAAUGAUUUAGAUACAGCUGAAGAAUAUUUGUAAUGAAUUCCGCGGCUAAUAUGUGUUUAAAAUACCAAGAGGAUCCAAAGGUCUUUUGAAGCACCUAUUCAUUUCUGUAUCAAACUUUGUUGUGAUCUCAUAACCCAUUUAUUGAUUUCUCGUGAAGCUAAGAAUUAUGGGACUUUGUGGGACUUUGUUUUUUUUCUUCUCAUUUUCAUUGUAGAUAGACACUGUGAAGUAACAGAGAAGGGAAGC